AAAAUAACGAGUUUAACCAACUUCACUAAUAUGGCUUCCAACAAAACACUCAAAAUGCUUUAAAUAUAAAAAUGUUUUUAUUUUCAAUUUAUUUUUUACUUUUAGGUAUAAGUAGGAUAAAAAGUGAAUCAUUAACGAUCACUAAAUAUUAUGACGACUUUGUAUCUCCUGUAUCAGAAAUCGUGGAGGAAAGGGUAGGAACAACAUUUUCUUUAAUAUGUGAAUUGAUUGUAUCGAACCAAGAAAUCUCUGUAGUGGAUGAUCAUCUAACUUGGGUCAAGGUAGAGAUUUUAUCAAAUCAGUCAAGAAUCCAGAAAGACUUACCAAAUCAACCUGGUAUUAAUAAAUCAGAAAAACGAUUUGCUCCUCUACAAGAAGAAGACAAAGGACUUUACAUAUGUCUUAGCAAAAAAUUCAAUCUCUCCAUUAAUGUUACAGUGAAACUGAUAGACCACAUUAAAAGGAAUGACCUCAGGCCAAUGAGGGAAACAAUAUUCUGUAAUGAACAGAUGUUCCAAUGUGUUUCAAAUGGUGUUUGUAUCAUCCCUCAUUAUGUUUGUGAUGGACAACCUGACUGUAAAGAUGCAUCAGAUGAAUCUAUAGAAAAUUGUAAAGGGGAACCUUGCAGAGAUAAAAUACCUUGUGAAGGUGGUAGGUGCAUCCCUAGUAGUUGGUGUUGUGAUAGACAUCAUGAUCCAAAUUGCACAGUUACUAACAGGCCAAAAUGUUGUCAAGCACUUAUAGUACAAGAAUCUUAUGAAGAAUUAGAAUAUGGGUUCACAAACGUAAACAAUAAUCAACAUAAUGGAGCUCGAUAUUUGUUCAUAUCAGUCUGUAUAAUCAGCAUCCUGUUUUCUAUUGUACUGUUGCUACUGAUCGUUUCCAAAGUAGUCAUAUUCGCCAAGAAAAGUGCAUUGCAGCAACAGCGACAUCACAAUCUCUGUGAAAAUAUAGCGUUACGGAAUCAAACGAACGUCAAUAUAAUAAGAGCAGAUUUUGCCCCAAGCGGUAUUUAUACCGUACGUAAUCACUCACGUACUCCUCGAUCGAAUAUAAUCAUAGAUACUUCUGAUGCUAGUGAUCCAUUAUUAUUUGGUACGGGACGUUUCAAUGUCGAUGAAUUUAGGGGAUAUAAUGAUCAACCGCCAUCUUACGUCGAUGUUUUGAGGAAUAAUAGACUUAUCAGCGAACCGCCGCCGCCCUAUACUAGCAGGGAAAUUCUUAAUAUAAACGAAGAAAGGCAGGAAAGAAGAUGAUAAUUCGUGGUAUUGCAGUAAACGGUAUUUUUAUCUAUUUAUAAGUUACAAUAAAAGUAUUGUCAAUAAUUAUAGAUUUGAAAACGUUGUGUUAAUAGUAUUUCUACUAUUUAUUGAUUUUUUUUUUCAUUUUAUGUCAUUUCUAUCCACAACGGUACAAUUAUCUAUUUUUAUGAAUAUGAAGAUUUUGUGUAUACCUGCUGAGAAUUAACUGGACGGAUAUUAUAAAGGACAUAGAGGUCCUUAACAGAUCAGCUAUAAUUAAAGUAGUUUAAUAAUUGACAAUAUUCUUUGAACAUACAGGAUGUUUCUAAACUUGAAAAAAAAUUAACAGGUAUCCUGUUCAGGAUACAAUCCCUAGUGAUUUGUAAAAUUUCUCAAAUUCCAGCUAUUAUAAAACCUUGAAAUUUCGUAUUUUUGUGUGCUAACAAAGGACUAACUAGCAAUAUUUUUCAAUAUUUCUCUUAUGAUAUGGGGUGGGGAGAAAUAAGCAUCCCUCACUUUAUAUACUGAACACACUGUUUACACCAACAACGACAAUUACACUGUCUGACGUGCGUUUCGGUAACCAAGUUAUCGUCUUUAGAGACGGAAGGUAAACAGUCAGCGUCAGGAAGUGUAAUUGUCACUGUUGGUGUAGUAGUAGUAUAAACAGUGUGUACAGUAUGAAUAUCACCAAUGGUUCCAGAAAUUCCAACUUAAUUCCUCACUUUAUUAAACGUUAUUAAAGCUUGCACUGUGUUGAAAUGUAUCCCAUCUGUGGGGAACUUUUGAACAGAAGAUGGGGUACUUUUAAACUACAACAAAUAUAGCAUGGAAAAUUUAUUUUAAUAUCAAGACAUGAAAAAAUUCCAAGAUCUUUUCAUAGAUCUUGUAUCUUUUUCGUUGUUUAUCUUAAUAUUGCGAUAUUACUUAGGUUUAGUCUCUUAACUGUUUGCCUUUAAUUUUUUUCUUAUCUUAUCUUACUUAUCCAUAAUCCAUCGUUUUAUGAACUAAGUCUUUUCCUUUAUUUUUUUUCAAAAAUUCUUGUCAUUUAUAUUCUCAUUUCUCUAUCCAGUGUUUAACAAGACAUCUCUUGAACAUCAUUAAUUUAUUUCAAUCUCUAUGUAUAACUAUUGAUUACACACGAGUGGCAGCUAUAUAUAUUUAUACUUUUUUAUACACACUAUUUUUUCAAGUUUUUGCAGAUAUUUAAGUUCUUAUGGAAUCUCCUGUAGUUAUUUUUUAUUUACUUUCAAUCUCUUUUUAGAUUCAGUUAUCAAUUUUUCGAUAAUCCCUUUCAGCUCUUGUAUAUUUUUCCAUAUCACCAAACCCAAAAAUUGUGCAUAUCUAAAUUGGAAUUUUGAAUCACCUGUUUAAUAUAGAAUAAAUGAUGUUAGGAUUGAGAUAAAUAUUUUGCAAAAUGUACUUUUCCGAAACGAAGGAAAAUAUCUAAAAAACAUAUUUUAGAUAGACAAUUCACUGUUAUACGAGCAUUUACACUUUCAAAGGUUUCUAAAUAAAUGUUUUACAAUAUUGUUAUAUUUUAAUAAUAUUUUUUAAUUGUGUAAAUAAUUCUAUCAACUUCAAGCAAUAUUGUUAGGUUAUGUAUUAUUUGUAAGGUCUCAAUAUUGAAAGCAAAUUCAACAUCGUUUAGUUAUUUAGUUUGUAAAAUAAUAAAUUGGAAAAUGGACACAAUAAAGAGAAUGAAUGAACCAACAAAUUAUAACCAGAAAAAUGUGAAGAUAAAUUAAGAAAUAUACAAAAAGGAAAAGUAUGGAUUGAUAAGAUGGAGGAAAUCGGGCAGAAUAAAAAGAAAAUUCUAAGAGAAAAAGAGAAAAACUCUUUGGUUUAUUUGUGGGGCUAUAGAAACAUUUUUAUGAAGGGUAAUGAGAUUUAAUGGCCCAUGCAGGGCCAUGAUUGUAAUGAAUUAUAGAAGAGUAGUGUGGUAUAAACUGAAAUAAUGGAGUGAAAAAGAAAUUCUACGAACUAAUCCUCGCAGGGUCUUAUUUCAAAUAAAUACGGAUACAGCUAUGGUAGUAUUAUUCCCUAUCGUCCCUCUGGAAAACUAUUGAGAAAUUGAAAGUACUUACCAUGGACCUAUUAGCAAGGAAAAAUAGCUAAAAGAAAAGACGAAAAAUCCCCAGAUAGAUGUGAGGAUAAGACAUGAACACAUUGUUGUAAUAUUGUUGAACUGUAAUAAAUAUCAGGUAUAAACUUUACAAAAAAA